CAUAGGUUUUCGUUCCUUGAUUUGGAUAAUUGUAACUUUGUCUUAGGAUCGUAUAGUAAUGUAUUGGACUAAACUGAUAGUCAUAACUAAGAUUUGAUAGUCAUAACUUGACUAAAGAUGUUCAUGACUCUUCCAGGUGAUGCCGUGAAAAUGCAUGUUACUACGACAACCAAAAUGCCCAUGGCAACAAAAUCUAAAAGGAAACCACUAACCGUACGUAGGAUUCCCACUGAGUUAACUAUAGAAAGAGUAGCUCCAAAACUUUUAUUGACAACCCCUCAAAGGGUUAAAAAAUCAACAUCAGAUAUUCCAAUUAAAUAUGAAAUCGUUGAUAAUAAUGAACCACCUCCAAGUGAAGGAAGCACAAAGAGUGAAUUUCAAGUUUCAGCUGAAAUAGUCCCAAGUUAUAUUGUACAAGGAGGCAUUAAGGAGGAGCAAAACAAUAGAUUCAUUGAUACAGUGAAAAUAGAUAACUUGAAUCAAGUUGAAGUUCCUAAUGUUUCCAUGAACCACAGAGAUCAUUUGAGCCAACGGGCAUAUAGAGAAAGGUUAAGAGAGGAUCCAGAGAGAUAUGCUAAUACCCGAAAGAGAGAGCGUGAGCGCCAGAAGCGUUCACGUCAACAAAAAAGGGAGGAAUUGUAUUUACCUGGUAACGAAAUGGAGUUAGAACGACAGCGUUGUAACGCAAGAAUGAGACAAAGGAGGUACAGAGAAAAAUUGAAAAUACUCAAAGCUAGGCAGUCGGGUCUUGCAAUGCAGAAAACAUGAUUAAAUUCCAAAUAAUAAAACCCAGUCCUUCCACAUACAGACGAUAUAUAUUUUGAUUUUUUAAUUUCGUGUUUGAUGAGAUAUAACAUCAGUUUUAAAGAUGAUAGUUUUAAUAUGCAAUUAUGUAUAUACAGUAGUAUAAUGGUAUGUAAAGCAUUAAGAAUGAAGAUUUGUGAAG